CAGGCGGGAUGUGAAAGUCUUGAAGAAUAACUCAUUGAUCAAUCUCCAACAAGGCAUAGAGUUGGCCGUGCAAACCCUGGGAAGAAGUUAUUUGGGGAAAACGUGCGCUUUACUCUUCAAACGACAAUUUAUUGUUUUCACUUGAACGAACAAAGAGGGCAGCUGCAAUGUGGAUUCAAGUGCGCACAAUGGAUGGGAAGGAAACCCACCGGGUGGAUUCCUUGUCCAAACUCACCAAGGUGGAUGAGUUGCGUGUCAAAAUUAUGGAGCUCUUUAAGGUGGAGCCAGAGAGGCAGAGGCUGUUCUACCGCGGCAAGCAGAUGGAGGACGGCCAUACCAUAUUCGACUACAACGUGGGCCUAAAUGACAUAGUGCAGCUGCUUGUUAGGCAGAAACCGUCUCCCACGGAUGUUGUCAAAUGCAAGGACAAAGAGGCUGAGCUCUCUGACUCUGAUUCUGGUUGUGGCUCAACCCAGAGUGAGUCUGACAAGAGCUCAACUCACGGUGAGGUCGAGGGUCAGAGUGCCGGCACCUCUGCCCAGACAAACACCCCAGAGCUCAUUGAUCCCGGGUUUGGAUUUUACAAGAUCAAUGAGCUGGUGGAUGCACGGGACUUGAACAUGGGGGCAUGGUUUGAGGCCCAGAUUGUGAAUGUUACGAAGACAACAAAGACACCGAAAGAGGAGGCUGCUGAGGCACAGCCAGCAGAAGAGGAAAUAUUGUACCAUGUUAAAUAUGAAGACUACCCAGAGAAUGGGGUGAUUCAAUUGCUGGACAAGGAUGUACGUCCUCGAGCCCGUACAGUGUACCAAUGGCACCAGCUGGAACCAGGAAUGGUGGUCAUGGUCAAUUACAACCCAGACGACCCCAAGGAGCGUGGCUACUGGUACGACGCUGAAAUCCAGAAGAAGAGGGAGACACGUACGCUGCGAGAGAUCUAUGCCAAGAUUAUCCUUGGUGAUGCUGGUGACUCUCUUAACGACUGCCGGAUCAUGUUCCUGACUGAAAUCUACAAAAUCGAGGAGCAUGGUUCUCUGACUGACACCCCAGCUGGAUCGGAGAGUCCACUAAAAAGAUCAAAUGGACCUGAAUGCAAGCACUGUAAGGAUAAUCCCAACAAAAACUGUCAGUGGUGUAACUGCCAUAUCUGUGGCAUCAAGCAGGAUCCUGACAAACAGUUGCUGUGUGAUGAAUGUGACAUGGCCUAUCACACUUACUGCCUGAACCCCCCGCUCACCUCCAUCCCAGAAGACGAGGACUGGUAUUGCCCAGGUUGCCGUAAUGACACCAGUGAAGUUGUGUUGGCUGGGGAGAAACUGAAGGAGAGCAAGAAGAAAGCUAAGAUGGCCUCUGCCAGCUCCUCCAGCCAGAGGGACUGGGGAAAGGGCAUGGCCUGUGUUGGUCGAACCAAGCAAUGCACCAUUGUCCCUUCCAACCACUAUGGCCCAAUCCCUGGCAUCCCAGUCGGAUCCCUGUGGAAGUUCAGAGUGCAGGUCAGUGAAUCUGGUGUCCACAGGCCGCAUGUAGCUGGGAUUCAUGGCAGGAGCAAUGACGGUGCCUACUCUCUGGUCCUGGCAGGAGGUUAUGAGGAUGAUGUGGACGAUGGUAAUGAGUUCACUUACACUGGCUCUGGAGGUCGAGAUCUUUCUGGAAACAAGAGGACUGCUGAGCAAUCCUGUGAUCAGACGCUUACCCACAUGAACCGGGCACUGGCUCUGAACUGCAACGUCCCUGUCAAUGACAAAAACGGGGCAGAGUCGAAGAACUGGAAGGAGGGCAAACCGGUCAGAGUUGUACGCAGUUGCAAGGGUCGCAAGCACAGUAAAUACUGCCCUGAGGAAGGAAACAGAUAUGAUGGAAUAUAUAAGGUGGUGAAGUACUGGCCAGACAAGGGCAAGUCUGGCUUUCUGGUCUGGCGUUAUCUGUUGAAGCGUGAUGAUGAUGAACCGGCACCAUGGACCAGAGAUGGCAAGGAACGCAUCAAGAAGCUUGGCCUCACCAUGCAGUAUCCUGCUGGCUAUCAGAAAGAAAAGGAAAACAAAAAUGAAGUGGAAGAGGAGGAGGCAACACCCAGCAAGUCAAAGAGGAAGAGAAAAUCUCAGAGCAGCGAGCCCUCCAAGACCCCACCAGCCAAAACUCCUAAGAAAAUAAAAGUAGAAGAGUACAAGCUUACUAAGGAGCAGAAAGCCCUCAUCAAGAAGGAUGAGGCGAACAAGAAAGUGUGGGAUGAAGCCAUGGAGUCACUGUCACUUGGACCGAAAUUCUUGAACAAAGUUCAAGAGGUUUUCCUCUGCAUUUGCUGCCAAGAGGUGGUCUAUCAGCCCAUCACCACAGAGUGCCAACACAAUGUGUGCAGGGAAUGCCUUCAGCGGUCCUUCAAAGCAGAGGUGUACACCUGCCCGGCCUGCAGGCACGACCUGGGCAAAAACUACUCCAUGACUGUCAACAAAUCCCUGCAAGACAUUCUAAAUCGGUUUUUCCCAGGGUACAGCAAUGGGCGAUGAUCAUUGGUUCUGCCUACUAAGCCCUGGAGGAACUGCGAUGUAAACUGUAAGGGGAAUUUUCAGUAGAGGCAAUAAAGAAUCAGUUUCUCUUAAUAUAUUUUUUAUGAUUUAUGAAACUACAAUUUUUGUGGACUCAAUGCUACCAUUUUUCACUUUGGAUCUGCCAUGACAUGUAGUUAAUGAUAAAUUGAAAAUUCCUUUGUAAUUGUACCGUUAUACCUUCAAGCGUCAUUUUACUCCCAGCGUUUCGUUUAGUUCCAUUAACUAAUGCUAAUGUUAUCCAUAAUGUAAAUUGUUUGUUUUAACUAAAUCCCUCCAUGUUUAGCACUCUUCAAGAAAACAUUAAGUCAAGAGUGGUUUAGCUGUUUGCCCAACUUGUUCAGAGAUUCUUUUGUACAUGGCUGUUGGUAGAAUCUGGGUCUUGGUUCGUCUGCUGUUCCGCAGCUCAGCUGUGGUUGGUUGUCAUUUUGGUGCAAUUUUUAAAAAAAAUCUGAUCAUGCAGUUGGUGGUCUACAUUCACAUCAGACCUGCAAGAUUCUGUUAUGUCUUUUAUAGAUACAUACUUGUCAUUACUGUACUUUAUUUUUAAUCUCCUGCUUGUUCUGUUUUUUUUCUCAGUAUUUACAAACACAGUGCAGCCUGAUUUUAAAAAAGCAAUUGAAACUAGACAAAAAUAGACAAACUAUUAUGAUGAUGUUGUCAUUACAGACCUCCGAAUGUGACACUUGCAUGGCAUGUUCAGAUGAUUGAAAUUGCACUAACCUGAAUUUUUUUGGAGAAGAGGCUUUCUGAAACCUACAAUGCUCCAUAAAAUAGACCUAAUAUACAAGCAAAAUUAAACCAUUAAUUUUUUUUUCCCCUGCUUUUCAGCAGCCUAAGUGUCUUAUUGAGGAGUGGUGUUAUCAAACGCGAUUGGCUUUUCUAACUUGUAUAUUGGUCCCUUUUUGUAGUUUCACACAGGAAUUUUAUAUUUGUAUAUGAAGUUUGUGAAAGUUGGUUGGACAGUUUACCAUGAAUUUCAUAAAACCUUUAAAGCUAAACACGAUGGAUUCUUAAGGCCGUUAUAUUCCAUGGUAUAAAUUUGGAUAUCCCCUGUUUUAAAGUCCAAAGAAACAAGUGCUUAACCAAGAGUGUAAUGUAGAACUCCCAUCUAUCUAGUUCUUUAGACAUUGUCCCUGAUCCUCAAAACUAAUUGAGUCUAGAAACAUUUGUAAUCUUUUUGCUAAAAAUUAAAAUUUGUACCUUCUCAUUUUUUAUAAUCCUAUUACUGCCAUGUGGCAGGGGGUGGGGGUGGGUGUUCAGUCAUAUUUUUAUGUCUCCUUUGGUCACUUUUAAGACCUGACCAUGUUGUUUUUUUGUUUUUGUUUUGUUUUGGUUUUUUUUUUUAAAAAAAUGUUGGCAUUGAAACGUUAAGGGAAUUCCACACACGGCUCCUGAAAUUUUAUAGUGAAUCAGCUAAAUUAUCUGACUUUGUUAUACAUUACUUUUGCCGUUGCCUUUUUUUCAUUUUAUUAAUAUUUGGUAUCGAAUUUCAACAGCAGUGUGUGACAAUGUCCAUCCAUGUGCCAGCAUUUUUGAGUUUUGAGAGACAAAGAAUUACAUAGACUGGGAAAUGUAUAUUUUCAGAAAUUGUAUAAUUAUUAGUUCAUUUUAGUUUUGAUAUGUAGUUUUAGAAUUGCCUGCACACAUUUGGUGCAAAGAUUUGUCAAUGCGUUUUCAGUGUUAUUCAAUAAUAAUAAAAAAAACAACAACAAACAAA